AUGGAUGCGAUAAUCUGUUUGCAUCUGUUGCGAGGAUUUCACGAGACGGCUCCGGCGACGAGGGGAGUGUUGGAGUGGAUGUUAUAUACGGUUUCAUUUACCGUCAAGUUAUGCAUCUUUUACUUUGUUGUGUUUGAAGGUCGUUUGGAGCAAAACCUUACCUACUAUAGUGCACUGGGUGGUAUCGGUUACGACGUGAGUGCAGAGGUUAUGGUGUUGGCGAAGUCCUACGCGUUCUGCAUUAUGGUCUAUCUCGCACCACUCUUAUUUGCGUUCUGGGUGGGGAGGGGGUCGAAGGAAGUGUUUGAGUACUCAAAUUACAAGGUCACGAUUGAGUCUCUGAUUUACUGUGAUAUUGCGCUGCAUGUCAUUUUGGAUCUAGUCGACUGCUGUACAGCGUUCAGGUUUUCCACGUUAAUUUAUGACUUCCGCGGCCGUCACCCGCGCCUGGAGACCGCUAACGGAGUGGUCAUGGCGCUGGGAAUCCUCUGCCACUCGCUGUCGCUGCCUUCCUUCUCCAGCAGCUCCUUCGAAGCGGAUACGGCGCCGUCCAAGUCCGCACAAGUGGAAGCAGUCGAGCGCAAGGACGUGUACCUCACCCGCAAGUUCGUUGCCCUCACCUCUGUGCUCGUUAUCGACGUCCCCAUGAUCAUUAUUCGUGUCCUCUUCUGGAAACACGGCUACGGCUUCCAGGUCUUUCUCUUCAAAAAUGUCAUCUCAAUCCCGCUCUCCAUCUUUCGACUCAACUACACCACCUACCGUGCGGCCACCGCCAUCGACCAGCCGCGCCCUGAAGACUUCCCCGGCAAAAGCGAUGUGGUACGAACCAACCUGCCCUCCGGCUCCGGCCCCCAAUGGAAUGCAAACACAAUCCCGAAACCCUCAGACGCCCUCGGUCUCGGUGCCGACCUCAACCGCCUAAACGAUCUUCGUCUUGGCGACCCGCGACUAGAAGCACUGGGAGGCGGGGGGGACCACCUGGGUGGGGUGGGAGAACACCUAGGUGCUACGGACGCGGUGCUGACCAGUGUUUUGCACCGGCUUUACGCAGACGACCAGCUGCGGGAGAACGACUGGAAGGCAAUCGAGAAGAACCUAUUGGACUGUAGCCGCAUCAACAAACCGCUUUUCCCGGUACGGACGGCGUCGAUGCAGCGUGUGAUAGUCAAGAUCAUGCAAUGUGCGACUGCUGGCGGUCGGCACAGCAUUGGCGAGCGCCUGGACGCGGGUCUGGUUCUGCCGUACUGGAAAGUUACCCGUCUGGCGGCGGGGCUCUUGGUGCACUGGGCCUGCCAGAUUACUGCGGUGGGCAUUCUCUCCUUUUGGACUACCGAUAGCAUUUACUGCGUCGAGGCGGACUGCAGCGUAAUCACCUUCCGCUUCUGGCGAGACCCGUAUGACUCCUCCUGGGCAGCGCUCAGCAUCCUUGCUCUGAGCGCCGGCACAGUCAACUUUCUGGCCCACGUGGGCACGGUCAAUGUGUUGGAUUCGUUGUUUACUUCUGCUUUGUACAUGUUGCGGAGUUUCAGUUUGUGGUGGAGUAUUUGGACGUUCCGUAAGCUGAAUGUGUUCGACAUUGAUGAGGCGGUCUAUUCGAUUUUUGGCGCGCGACCAUUCGGGUCUUUGAGUCUGGAUGGCGCCACAUUAUUCGUAGUAUGUGGUGUGCCAGUGGUGGUGAGUCUGAUGCAGGGGUUGUUCUUUGUGCAAUCGGCAUUUCUAUCUCGGAAGUUCAUGUAUUACGCGUUACAGCCGCAUAGUCGAGUGGCUAGGCGACUUGCAAGUAGUGGACGGGGCCGAGAUGCGGAGCCAAAGACGGACGAGUGUGGGUGGAUCUCAACCUCGUCGAUUCUUUCGUUCCUCGUAUGCAAAAAUCAUAUCGCACCUGUCGACCAUCACCAACUACUCAUAGGACCCAAUGUAAUCCGUGGUGUCCGUCUGUGCGAUAUGCUCCUGGUUUCAGACUGGAUGGCGCUCCUCAUCGCUGUCUGCAUCCGCGCAGUGGCCACACUCCUCUACGGAUACGAUACUAGUCGCUCUGACACCAGUCUAUGGAUAUUCCUAAUCAACGUCCUCUAUCUAACCUUCGAAAUCAUAUACAUUCUACUCACACAAACCGUCCGCCUUCUCAGCAUCAGACGUUUCCAAAUCAAAGCAUUGUAUACUGACAUUGUUACCCAAUGGACAAAACAAAACGAGACUCUUACACAUGAGAACAAAAUGGCCACCCUCGCUCAGGUCCUCGUUCGAUACAGACGAGAGGCCUUCUUAACCAGUCCCGGCGAGAUCCUGCCACCCCUCUUAUAA